AUGAUAUAUAAAUUUAUUGUAGCUAUUACUUUAAUAGCGCUAUUUGCGCUAUCGGUAAGUGAAGCUGCAGUAAUGGCCAUCGACUACGGAACGGAUUGGUUUAAAGUCGCUCUCGUAAAGCCGGGAAUACCUCUUGAUAUAGUGUUAAAUAGAGACUCAAAGCGUAAAACCCAAUCAGCGUUGACAAUACGUGGUGAAGAAAGAAUUUAUGGUUCUGAUGCUGUUAAUCUAGGCGCACGGUUUCCACUCAACACAUAUUUUAGUGUCAAAAAGGUUCUCGGACGAUUGGUUGAUGAUAAAAUCAUAAAAGAUUAUCAGUCAGUCUUUCCGAAUAAAAUAGUACCAGAUCCAAUUCGUGGAACAGUUGUUUUUCAACAUAAUGAGACUACUAAUUUCUCGGUGGAAGAACUUCUUGCAAUGCAAUUUGCUCAUGCCAAAGAACAGGCCGAGGCGACUGCUCAAGAAGCCAUUAAAGAUGUUGUAAUUACGGUACCUCCAUAUUAUAAUCAAUUCGAGAGGCAAGCAGUUUUAGAUGCUGCCGAUCUUGCUGGUCUUCAUGUUCUUACGUUGAUAAAUGAUGUAACAGCUGUUGGAUUGAACUACGCGAUUUCCCGUUUUACUUCGUUUACGGAAGAACCGCAAUAUCACGUGUUUUAUGAUAUGGGCGCUGGUAGUACUAAAGCAAGCUUGAUAAGUUUCAAAACAUCAAAUGUCAAAGAUGUGGGCCGCUUUAACAAAACAAUUAUCAACCUUGAAGUGUUAUCAGUUGGCUAUGAUCGAACUCUUGGCGGACAAGAAUUUGAUAUUCGCCUUCAAAGAUAUUUUGCCGAAGAGUUUGACAAGAAAUUUAGUGGAAAAUUAAAAUCAUCUAUAUUCACAUCGGAACGUUCCAUGACAAAACUUUAUAAAGAAGCCAAUAGAGUGAAACAAAUUCUCAGCGCUAACACAGAUGCUAUUGCUUCGAUAGAAAAUUUACACGAAGAUCUUGAUUUUCGACUACCUAUUACAAGAAGUAAAUUUGAAGAAAUAACUGAUGAUCUUAGAAAACGCGUCAUUGGCCCUAUUAAUACUGCGUUGAGUAACGGCAAAUUAACUUUAGCUGAUAUUCAAUCUUGCGUAUUAGUUGGUGGUGGAGUUCGUGUUCCAUCAAUUCAAGCUGAGCUUAAAGAUAAAGUUGGAGA